CGCCAUACUGUCGAAGGUGUCCGUCUUUUGCACCAAAAUAGAACUAUCUGAUUGAAUCAACAAAACAACAACAUCGCCUCGGUCAGUUCCCCCCAUCACACAGAACAGGUCCUGGUAACUCCCGCUGGCGGUGGAGCUCCAAAUUUUCGUCUCCUUCUUCCUCCUUGCCUUCUCCUUGAGUUUCUUAAUGGAUGUGCAGUAAUGGGUUCUCUCUGACAAUCACAAAAAAUGUUUGCUGCGACGCCCUAUUCCACUACUUGGCUUCGCCCCUGCACCCGUUUGGGUCGCCCGUUCCGCAGGGUCUCUCGAUUAGAACCGCUCAUCUCCACCUUCCCUUCCUGCAAACAGAAAGGCGGUACCCCUUCUUCUUCUUCUUCUUCUUCUUCAUCAUCAUCUUCUUCUUCAUCGAAGAAGAAAAGGACCAGUAACAAUGGAGGCAGCGGUGUUAAGAGGAAGCCUCUUCCAGCUAAGACCACCGCCCUUGUUCCCGUUCCACUGGACGACAGAACCGAUGACGAAGCUUCUCCUUCGAAUUCAACCGAUCCACGUCCCUUACAUCCCCUUCCGAAGCCUCCUGCUGGCUUUAUCCUUGACGCCAACGGAAGGGUCGUUAUGGCCUCGUCCAGGAGGAUAGUUACCAUUGUUGAUUCUGCAAAUAAUCAACCUUUAGAAUGUGUUGUGAGAAGAGUCUUCUACAGCUCAAAAGGGGACGAAUGUAUGCUGUUGUGUCCUGUUGAUACUCCAGUGCAGAUACUGAAAAGCACAAAUUUUGACGGCUGGGCAGCACUAAAUGACAAUGAAAUUGAUGAAAUUAUCCCUGCUGCUGCUUAUGCUCUUGCCAAGAUUCAUAUGCACCUGGUUUUGAGUGGAUUUUGCUAUACUGCCAGAGGAGGAUUUUGUUACUCUGAGGAAGAUAUACUUGAAUUUCGAACAGAUGAUGGUGAGGAAAUAGAUGGACUGCCUCCAGAAGGCAUAGAAAUCACGUGCUUUCACCAGGACGGUGCACACUUUAUGAUCUACACCCCUUCUGAUCCACUUCUUUUUGUUGCAGUGAAGGACCAAAAUGGUUUACUGAAAAUUGCGGAAGAUGAGUUGUUGGAAGACCCUGGGAUAAUUGGUGCCAUUGAUGAGGAGACAGAAUUUAAUGCUCUAGUGGAAGAAGAGUCUGCUCUUCUUGAAUCAGUAUUGGGCGAACGCUAAUGGUCCUCUGGAGGCUGUUCAGAAAAUUUGACAUUUCUAAUGUAGAUUAAAAGGUUGGCACUGUCUGAUCGGUUUACAUCGUUUAUUUAUGUGAUCUUGAAUUUGUAGCAAUUGGAUGGUAGAAAGAAAAAAGGAAAAGAUGAAGUGUCUUCUCCAUUAUUUAGUAA